CGGCCAACAACCUCCCGAGAGUGAAGAGCACGACGCUGCAAUUCCUCGUGACAGCAAACGUCAAGGAAUCGGACCGCGCAUGACGUAGACGCCGAUUGGGUUAGCGCCUGAAUGCAUGAGGAAAGCUGGCCUCAGACAAUCACCCCACACGCUGGUAAAGUCGCGUUGGUCUUCCUUCCUUUGACAUGACGCGAUGAUUUUCUUUUUCUUGAGAAUCUCUCACAUUGACACAUGCCCAAGAUGAGGCCACGGUCGCAGCGGUUCAUACCGCUCUUGUUACUAGUUGUCCUGUCACUAUUCCUAUCCCUCGGCCUGGCGCAACACGAUGACAACGACCGCUCGCAUUCGCAGCAGAAGCCGCUUACGGGAGACGAUGCUUGGAAGUCGACAUGGGGGAGCGCCAAAGAGGGCGCAGAUGCACACCAUGGAGCAUCGGUUUAUGAGGAAGCUAUGACGCUGCUGCACAGGAUCAAGCCCGCCUCGGCGCCAUGGUACAACUUCGAAAAGAAAUCUGGUAUCCUCGGAUCCAGCGCAUACUACGCCAAAGAGGUCUUCUUCCUACUCUUCAUGAAUGGACCACCACAGCAGGAACUCGUAACGACGAAUGCGCAACCAACGAAGCUCGGCCAGCCUCUUUCCCGAGCUGUCAAGCUGCUGGAGGAGGCAACUGCGCAGCAAAGCCCCGACGCCUUGUUCACACUCGCUGAGAUGAAUUUCUAUGGAAACUACACGCACCCGCGCAACUACCCCGAAGCCUUUCGACGAUACCACGAACUCGCAACGCUGAACGGAAACGCCUCGGCACAACACAUGGUCGGAUUUUUGUAUGCUACUGGCCUCGGCGAUGCCGUGAAGCAAGACCAGGCAAAGGCAAUGCUGUACCACACACUGGCUGCGGAAGGCGGGGACGUGCGAUCAGAAAUGACCAUCGCGUACCGACACUCAACUGGAAUCUCGACACCACGGAACUGUGAGGAGGCUGUGCACUACUACAGAGAGGUUGCGAAGAAGGCAAUUGUUUACAUGCGAUCUGGACCACCAGGUGGACAUUCAAUGCCUAGGGACUCAUUCAAGAUCGCCGAUGAGGAGGGUGGCGUAUAUGGAGAGGGUGCGAGUGUAAGCAGCUCAGGACAAAACGCCAAAACGGGCAGUGUUCACUCCGACGCCUACUCCUCGCUGGACGACGUCGUCGAAUAUAUGGACCUCCAAGCUCGAAAAGGCGACGCGAGAGCCAGUUUCAAUCUUGCCAAGCUCAACUACGACGGCGCUCGCACAUCGAAACGGGAUUUGCCAGCGGCUAAAAAACGCUUCCUCGAACUUGCCCGCAUGAACUGGACAAAAGACGGGAAAACGAAGCAGAACGUGUCGCCCUUGACCGAGAAGUUGGCGUCAAAGGCGGCUGGAUAUCUUGGGCGCAUGUUCCUCCGAGGUGAGGGUAUGCCGCAAAGCUUUGACAUUGCUAGAACCUGGUUCAGACGCGGCAUCGAGCAUGGCGACGCCUUGUCUCAAUACUCGAUGGGAAUCAUGUAUCUCAACGGAUUUGGGGUGCCCAAAGAUGCUGUCAAGGCUGCAGAACUGUUCGGAGCAGCUGCGGAUCAGGAUCUCGCGGUAGCGCAAGUUCGACUGGGAGCUUUGUUUCUUGACCAAGGCGAUGUUGCGACUGCCAUGAAAUACUUCGAUCUAGGAGCGCGACAUGGUCACCUCGAGGCCUACUACUAUCUUGCAGAACUCACACACAAGGGCGUCGGGCGCGAUAAGUCUUGUUCAGUCGCAGCCGCUUACUACAAGAUCGUAGCGGAGAAGGCUGAACUUAUCUCGACCUCUUUUCCUGAAGCAAACGAAGCUCACCUCAAUGGCGACCUCGAAACAGCACUCGUCGGUUACAUGAUGGCCGCGGAACAAGGGUUCGAAAUCGGACAGGCGAAUGUGGCAUAUCUCCUCGACCAAGUCAAACCACGCUUCACAUUCAACUCACUCAUUCCAUUUAUGAAGAAGAAAGCCUCACUCGCCAGCGAUGCUGUCCUUGCAUUGAUCUACUGGGCACGAUCCGCCGAGCAGAAAAACGUCGAUUCGAUGGUCAAAAUGGGAGAUUACUAUCUCCAUGGCCUCGGCACGCCUCCAGAUUCCGAAAAAGCUGCGGCUUGCUACCAGGCUGCGGCCGACACCAUGAAAAGUGCACAAGCCAUGUGGAACCUGGGAUGGAUGCAUGAGAAUGGUAUCGGCAUCGACCAGGAUUUCCAUCUUGCCAAAAGACACUACGACUGGGCGCUAGAAACGAACCCUCGCGAGGCCUACCUGCCGGUCAGAUUGGCGCUGUACAAGCUAAGAUUCCGAAGCUGGUGGAACACUGUUACGAACGGGGACAUCAAAUCCAUCCAAGAAGAACCAGUCGUUAAGAAAAAGCGCACCCUCACUGAAUGGCUGAGCGCCUUCUUGGAAGCCGAACUUGCAGGCUGGGAUGAUUAUGAAGCCGAUGACUACGACGAUACACAUGUCGGCGACGACUACUAUGACGACGAGAUCGACUCCGACAUCAUCGAGUCUCUUGCCAUUCUAGCGCUUAGUGGAGCACUAGCCUUUUUGCUGUACUACCGAGCGCAGCGACAACGGCGGCAGGAAGAGGAGCGAAUCAGACAGCAGCAGCAACAGCAGCAGCUGGACCAGGGAAUAGUGCCUAUUGCUCAAGAGCAAGCGCAACCACAGCCUCAACAAGACCGAGGGCUGUUUCCCAAUCCAGGUGAUCCUGAUUUUAUGAAUUGGGUUGCUGGUGGAGCUGGACAUUAAGUUGUCUUUUUACCACUUUUUAGAUGCAUAGAGUGGCGUUUUACGAGACAUACAUGAGCGACUUUUAUGGGCGAAUCAGGAAUGAUGCGUUGGUGAAAGCCGACGGUGGAGACGCAAGACCAUCCAAUGAUAUGUUAUGCUGAAUAUUAUUCCAUCAGAAGUGUCC